AUGUCUUCAAAAUAUGUCACAUUCCGUGGUGCCACGAAUUUCCGGCACAGAAUAGUGAUGGCCACUCUGUCGGGAAAGGCUGUGAAGAUUGAAAAGAUCAGGUCCGAGGACAUGAAUCCUGGGCUGCGAGACCACGAAGUAUCGUUUCUGCGGCUCAUAGAGGCCGUUACCAAUGGAAGUGUAAUUGAGAUCUCGUACACCGGUACGACCGUGAUAUAUAGGCCUGGAAUCAUCGUAGGAGGGUCACACACGCACAACUGCCCGAAUGGCAAGGCGGUGGGCUACUACGUGGAGCCGCUCCUGUACCUGGCGCCAUUUUCUAAGAAGAAGUUUUCGAUCAUACUGCGGGGUGUCACGUCGACGCACCAGGACGCUGGGAUAGAGGCGAUUAAGUGGGGCCUGAUGCCCGUGAUGGAGAAGUUCGGUGUGCGAGAGUGCGCUCUCCACACGCUGAAGCGCGGGGCGCCACCGCUUGGCGGCGGUGAGGUGCACCUGGUUGUGGACUCGUUGAUUGCGCAGCCGAUAACAAUGCAUGCUCUAGAGCGCCCGCUAAUUUCGGCCAUCCGUGGCGUCGCCUACUCGACCAGAGUCAGUCCGUCUAUGGUAAACAGAAUGAUCGAUGGCGCUAAAAGCGUGCUGAAACAGGUUCCAUGCGAGGCCAACAUUACUGCGGACGUGUGGAGAGGCGCGAACUCAGGAAAGAGUCCCGGAUGGGGCAUCACAUUGGUGGCAGAAACUAAGAAAGGCUGGAGGUACUUCACGGAGGCGAUCGGCGACGCAGGUGAAGUGCCAGAGGAUAUUGGGAACAAGGCAGCAUACAACCUUUUGGAAGAGAUCAGUAGAAGCGCGGUUGUGUGCCGGUCGCAGCUGCCACUAGCAAUUGUGUACAUGGUCAUUGGGAAGGAGGAUAUCGGGAGGCUCAGAAUAGCCAGGGCCCAAGUUGACGAAAGCCUGGUCCUCCUUUUGAGAGAUAUCAAAGAACUGUUCGGAACGGAGGCCCUGCUGAAACCUGCUGACGAUGACACCGACGACCUGAUCGUCACAAUCAAGGGGAUCGGGUUCACGAAUACCAGCAAGAAGAUCGCCUGA